UGGGUUGUCUGUAGACUCGAUUCUUGUCCCGUUCUCGGUAAAGGGCCCAUAAAGCGUAUUGCGCCAACUAGCAAACAAGCCGUAUGGUACGGGAUUGGGACUUGAGUCAAGUCUAGGUUGUCUGAUGGUUCAUGGUCCUUGAUGGUCCUAACAUGCUAGCUUGAACGUCUGACUUCAUUCUUCGAGGCUCGAUCCUUGCGGAUAAAGACAGGGGCCCAGUCUAAUGCUGACCCUGCAACGUAGGUAGGCUACUAUAUAUACAUGUACUGUGUGUUGAUCACGACGUAGUGCAAGUCUCAGAGUAGCCGGAACACACGGAAGACGGACACCCACCCGGCCCUUGGCUUUAGGCUGCAGAGGUUUAAAUAGUAUGGAGGAAGCUGCAGUUGCCAACAAUGAGACCCCCAAACCAUUUCUUAGCAUUGAUGACGUCAGAACACUUCUCAUGCGACUCUUCGGUGUCAAGGCUUCAACUAUCAAGGAAUUCGACAGCUACGACGAUAGGACCUAUCACGUGACUACAGACCACGGUCAGGGGAUCGGAGACAACACAGAGUUCAUCCUCAAUGUCUUGAAUUCAGGAUUUACGGCAGAGGACGCUGUUGAAGCCCAGACGGCCAUUUUGGAUUUCUUGCAGUCCGACUUUCCCGAGUUGCGGAGUCAGGCACCAGUGCCAAAUCUAAAGGGAAAGCUUGUCAGCUACGAGAAGAUUUGCAAUGAAUUUCGAAAUGGGAGUGAAGUGAGAGGCGAAACUGCCGUGAGUGCCUUACGGCUCUUUAUCUACCUACCCGGAUCUACUCUUCUGUCUUCGGCUCCAUUGCCUCUGUCAUUCUUCAAGAAAAUCGGUACACAUCUCGGAGACCUUCAAAUUGCUCUUCAGAAGUACCCGAGAGAAAUUGAUGUCAAACCGUUGGAGCAAAGGGCAGCCACGGCGAUAUGGUGCCUGGCAAACAUCCUCGAUCUCAGGGCUUACUUACACGUGGUGAAAGAUGCUAGGGCGUUGACGAUUGUGAACGAGGUGAUCACAGAAUUUGAAGAGAAAGUUUUACCAGUCGUCGGAGAAUUUAGAAAAGGGGUUAUCCACCAAGACUUCAGUGACUGCAAUGUACUCGCAGUUCAGACGAACGCCAACAAGAAUAAGGACUACGAGAUUAGUGGUGUCAUCGACUUCGAUGACAUGAUGUUCUCCUGCCUCGUGUUCGAUGUUGCAACUGCCAUGAUGUAUCUGAUGUUCUGCAGUGACCAACCCCUGGAAGCCACUGCCAACCUCCUUGCCGGCUUCGAGUCGAGAGCUCCACUCCCGGAGAAGGAGCGAGGCGUUCUGCGUGUUCUUAUUGCAGGGAGGUUCAUCCAGUCCCUCGUGCUAGGGCUGUAUUUUGGUGGCUUGAACCCGGACAAUUCGUAUAUACCACAGAAGCAAGAAAGAGGUUGGAAUCUCUUGGAACUGUUUUGGAACCAUCCUCAAGAUGAGUUAAUGAAAUUAUGGAAUGGAGGAACGGAUUGCAUGACAGACAACGAGUCAGUCAACAAGGUUAAACUUUGCCGCUCCUGUAAACCGUUACUCAGCAUUGAUGACGUCAAGGUUCUACUCCAAAGACUCUUUGGUCUUCGAGCCUCCGAGAUCCAGGAAUUUCCAAGUUACUACGACAGGAUUUACUACGUCAAGACGGAUCCCGACCAGGGGAUAGGCGAGCAAAAUGAGUUCAGCUUUAAAGUUUUGAAUUCGGAAUUUACCGCAGAGGGCGCUGUUGAGACUCAGACGGACAUCUUGGAUUUUUUGCACAACGUGUUUCCCGAGUUGAAAUGCCAGGCUCCACUUCUGAACAAAAACAAUAGUCUUCUCAGCUAUGAACCGAUAAAAACUAAACUAGAAAGUGUAGAGGAAGUUUGUAGGCCGACCACCGUGACUGCUGUGCGUCUGUUUAGUUUCUUACCCGGAAAGCCCCUGCUGAAACUGGCUCCACUACCGCCACCAUUCUUCCAGAAAGUCGGUAAACAUCUUGGAAAUCUACAACAUGCGCUACAAAAGUAUCCAUACCAUGUACGGGAGGAUAGUGAUAACAUUUGGUGUCUGGACAAAGUUCCCCAUCUUAAGCAUUACUUAUGGGUGAUUAAUGAUGCCAAGAAGCUGAGAAUUGUUGAAGACGUUAUUUCAGAGUACGAGAGGAAAGUCAUUCCAGUGCGAGGCGAAUUUCGAAGAGGUGUAGUGCACCAGGAUUGCAACCACAGCAAUAUACUAGCGGUGCCUUCGCUUGAAGCGACCGUCAAAAAGAGUCAAACACCCAGGGAUUACAAUGUCAGCGGCAUCAUCGAUUUCGACUUCACUGCCACCUCGUUCCUCGUGUACGAGAUUGCAAUCCCAAUGAUGUAUCUGAUGUUCUGUAGCGACCAACCCCUGGAAGCCACUGCCAACCUCCUUGCCGGCUUCGAGUCGAGAGCUCCGCUCCCGGAGAAGGAGCGAGGGGUACUGCGUGUUCUUAUAGCCGGGAGGUUCAUCCAGUCGUUGGUACUCGGGCUGUACUUCGCAAGCCUCAAUCCAGACAACUCCUACAUAAGCGAGUCGCAGGUCGAGGGAUGGAACCUUCUGGAACUAUUUUUGAACCAGUCAGAAGACGACCAGUUAAAACUUUGGGGAAAAUUCCGAAGGAACGUUUUUGUAUGAACAAUAACUUUCAUUAUAUAAACUGUGUUGGUGGCAGGAAGGUCCCUAUUGUAGUGUACAUGUUUUUUUCUUGUAAAUUGACAUGUAAGUUGACAUUUAGGUCACAAUGUGAUGGUGUUAAUAGCAUUAACCAUUAUCCAGGCUUAAUUUCCUAAUGAUAGAAAAUGGCCGAGUCGUUCUGACAGAUGGAGCAAUGAUUGUGCACAGCGCCCCCUAUUGUUUUUGUGCAUCGCCAAAAAAGCAACAAUGAGAGUACUGCCCCAUGGACACGAAAAAGCGUGCUAACCGUCCGGGGAAAAUUAAUGACGGAACAAUACAAAUCCAUUGUGAACACGCAAGAUGGCCGCAUAAUAACUUUUGCUAACCUGUGAAAUAUGUUUCUUGAGCAAUUUGUUCUGCUCCGUAGGCACGAAAUGUUAAGUAGCUGUAUGCAAUUGGGCACGGUAUUCAAGAUCAUAGGCGUUGGGACGGAUUGAACAAUGAGACUUCCAAAAUACAAAGGGCGAAUAAUGUGAUUGGCGUUGCGCAUUGUGCGAAUUUUUUUUAAAACUCUUCCGUCGCUCUUUUGACUCCAACCGCCCCGGAUUUUUGAAAAUACGUGUUGGGGGAAAUUGUUUUUACCAAAAAGAAAAUUAUAAUGAUGAAUCAUCCAAAGUGUUAAAAACAAUUAUCAAUCUUGUCGUACUUUGUUUCUGUUUACCAGUAGGAACCAUUAUCACUACCGAUAUGGACACCUAAUUUUGGGCAUAAUGUUCAUACAUUGCUUUCUGUAAAAGAGAAUGCUGGUAAAAAAAGACUUAGGGAUAAUGUUUCUUUCGUAAAAGUAGUCAGCCACAAAUGCAGGGUAUACUUACGAAUUGUCAAGGAUCAGUGCCCCCUCCCGAUGUUACCCCAACAUGCAAAAUUUUGGCUCUAGUAAAUUGGUCAUCGACGUUGCAAACAAAAUAAUGUAAGAAAACGCCCUCGUUGCAUUUAUAAUUAUUGUAAGCUUUCAGAUGCCUGAGUAUAAGCUGGAGAAUUUUCUCAGAUUCACAUUAAUUUGUUGUGUGUGUGGGGAAAACCCCCACAUUUUUCUCUUAAAUUACUUCAAUGUGCCGUUUCUUACAAUGUUUUAUACAUCAACUCCCUCGUGAUCUUUACGGUAAUUAAUUGUUGGAGGAAUACCAAGAUAUACCCUCCCAACGCAUUACAGACUAUACUGUAAAGGCCCUCUUCAUACUGUUUUGUGUAGGUUGACGCCAUUGAGCCCAAGAGGCAUCAGUGGCUAGUGCAUAAAGCGCCAGCCUCUCACCACUAUGGCCCGAUUCGAUUCCCGGCUUUACUUAGGCCAUGAUAAUUGUGAGUCAAGUUGUGUGUUGGAUCUGUCCUCGAUCCUACCACGAAGAUUUUCUCCGGGAUCGCGGUGUUUCUUCCCCGGCCUCCGCAGAUAUAUUGCUCUUGCUCCAAGGUCCUGCACAGCAACAAUGGUUCUAUGUGGCUCAAUGGACGGUACCCGUUAUACCCGCAUUCCAUUCGUCCGAGGAAAAUCUGUCUAUCCGGAGAUCCUGUACCCAUUAUGGGAAAUAAACAUGAACUUGAGAAGGGGAUUCAAAAGAGGGCGCUAUCAGAAGAAGUUUGAACACACCGAAUAGGAGCGGGGCAGAACCUCCGGGGACAGCCUCACACCGGUUUUAGGCCAUUAUAUUGCAAGUUGGAUCUGUAUGCCACGAGGAUUUUUUUCUCCGGAUUCCCGGUUUUUCUUCUUCUCCUGAGGAUCAAAACCUUUUCGAUCCCCGGCUGUAUACUCGUGAUGCAAUGGGUCAAUAUAACUGGCUGCCAAAGGCAUGUGUAUAUAUGCUUCAGACAUGCAGCUUCUCAGCUAGCUGCAAGCUCAGAAGAUGAUUUAGCCUUUACAUCACAGUGCCUGAUUAGUUGGACUGUGAGGGAGACCUCUACUUGGAGGCUGCAGGUUCAAAUCCCGAUCUAGUUAUUCUUUCUUUCGUCAAUUAUUGAAAGCACAAUGUGGGGAGCACGGAGGAAGAGUCCUAUAUAGGGCUAUGUUGUGAUGAAAAGUUACAGUCUCUCGCACCCCCCCUUCCGAGCUCCGCCCCCCUAAAUCACCACACCGGAUCAUGAAACAGAUCAAUGAAAACAUAAGAAUUGUGAUCUAGUCAACAUUCUCCUUAACUACAAUGUAGAUUGGGAAGAAAUUGGUGGUAACUAUGUCUUUGACGUGUUUACCAAAACUUUAGUUAAAAAACUCUGGCAGCAGACGACAUCCUUCUGUUUUCAGACAUCACUUUUGAACAGCGCCCUCUUUCUGACGUACGUUUAUAUGUAGAAUUGAACGCGUAUUUGGUGUUAUACCGAUUCCCUUUGUAAAAUAAUGGUUUUGAUUAAA